CUGCUCCGGACCACUAUGACCAUGAGAUCCGCAGUGUUCAAGGCGGCCGCGGCCCCUGCCGGCGGCAACCCUGAGCAGCGACUGGACUACGAGCGGGCUGCGGCGCUGGGCGGGCCGGAGGACGAGCCCGGGGCCCCCGAAGCCCACUUCCUCCCCCGGCACCAUCCUUCUGCUGCAAUUGGACCUCAUCGAACAGCAGCAGCAGCAGCUGCAGGCCAAGGAAAAGGAGAUCGAGGAGCUCAAGUCCGAGAGAGACACGCUUCUUGCUCGGAUUGAACGUAUGGAAAGGCGGAUGCAGCUGGUAAAGAAGGAUAACGAAAAAGAAAGGCACAAGUUGUUUCAGGGCUAUGAAACUGAAGAGAGAGAGGAAACAGAACUAUCAGAGAAAAUUAAACUGGAGUGCCAGCCAGAGCUUUCUGAGACACCCCAGGCUCUGCCUCCCAAGCCUUUCUCAUGUGGGCGGAGUGGAAAGGGACACAAAAGGAAAUCCCCAUUUGGAAAUACAGAAAGAAAGACUCCUGUUAAAAAGCUGGCUCCAGAAUUUUCAAAAGUCAAAACAAAAACACCUAAGCACUCUCCAGUUAAAGAGGAACCUUGUGGUUCCUUAUCUGAAACUGUUUGUAAACGUGAAUUGAGGAGCCAAGAAACUCCAGAAAAGCCUCGAUCUUCAGUGGACACCCCACCAAGACUCUCCACUCCCCAGAAGGGACCCAGCACCCAUGUCAAGGAGAAAGCCUUCUCAAGUGAGAUAGAAGAUUUGCCGUACCUUUCCACCACAGAAAUGUAUUUGUGUCGUUGGCACCAGCCUCCCCCGUCACCGUUACCAUUACGGGAAUCCUCUCCAAAGAAGGAGGAGACUGUAGCAAGAUGUCUGAUGCCAUCAAGUGUUGCAGGAGAAACUUCAGUCUUGGCUGUUCCUUCUUGGAGGGACCAUUCAGUAGAACCUCUAAGGGACCCAAAUCCUUCAGACCUUUUGGAGAACCUGGAUGACAGUGUGUUUUCGAAGCGGCAUGCAAAACUGGAGCUGGAUGAGAAAAGAAGGAAAAGAUGGGAUAUUCAGAGGAUCAGGGAACAAAGAAUUUUACAGCGACUACAGCUCAGAAUGUAUAAAAAGAAAGGAAUUCAGGAAUCUGAGCCUGAGGUUACCUCAUUUUUCCCUGAGCCAGAUGAUGUUGAAAGUUUGAUGAUUACCCCCUUCUUGCCUGUUGUAGCAUUUGGAAGACCAUUACCAAAAUUAACCCCACAGAAUUUUGAGCUACCCUGGUUGGAUGAGCGUAGCCGAUGCAGGUUGGAGAUCCAGAAGAAACAAACACCUCACCGGACGUGUAGGAAAUAACUGUACUGGCAAGAGCCCUCUGUCUUCAGAUAGUUGUAGCAUGCCAUUCCCAGAGAGUGGCAGAGACCUGUAUAUGUGACCUGUGUCCUCAUGUAUGUUAUCAUUCAUUGAUAAUACCUUUCCAUACACUCUUGGUUUUGGUUUUGUUUUCAUCAUCCUGAUUUUACAAAAGCUCUUUCAUUGAGCCAGUUGUGAAUUAUGGAAGGUAAUUAGAGUUUUUUUUCCCUUUUUGGAGGAAAGAGGUCUCAAACUAAAUCUAUAAGAUGGCAGAUUUGGAAGUGUUGGGGGUCUGCCACUAUACCUUUGCCUGUGGCAAAGUGCUUGCUUCAUUACACUUUAAAAGAGGAAGCAACCCUUGCUUUUAAAGCUGUGCCUUGGUGGCACUUCUCACCCUGGUGUAUCCUUCCCUAUAGUUUGGGUAUAGUGGUUUUCACUAAAACAAAAACAAAUAAAACACCUCACUAUGAGCUUUUAAGAACCAGAUGAGGAAUAACUGGUGAAGUGAUGAAGCAAGUCAUUCUCACAGAAUAGAAAAGAGAUUGGAGAGUUGUUAGAUAAAUGUCUUAAACAACGGUGUUCUCUUAAAACUGUACUAUGAUGUAGCCAUGUGGGGGGAAAAGUGUUUGCCUAUCAUAAUUAGUUAUUGGAUAAUUUUUUUCUCCCUCAAAAACCAAAAUUUUUGGGAAAGGUAAAGAGGAUGGCUUUAGAUAAGUUAUGGCUAUAAACAAAAGCAGUUGGUAUCUGGGGAUGGCGUGUCAAAGCCUGUAUAGAUGUCCUUGUGUCACAUCACUUCUGAAGUAUUCCUCCUUGUUGGGGUUUUUCCUUUUAGCUGAGCUCUUGGUGGUGGGGUAGAGGUUUAGGGAGGGAGGGUGGGAGGGUUGUGGAAAUAUGUGCUUCAUUUGGCUGGCAAUGUCUACAUCUUGAAACAAAACAGAUGUACCUAAUGAGCUUCUCCAUUCACUUUGUAAAAAUACAUUUGUAUGUGUGCCAUCUUGGUUCCCCCCAUCCCCAUUUUGUUAAAAAUAAAAAAAAUUUCGGGAUAGUACUCCAAGGCCACUUUGGUCUCAGUGUAAGGUCCUUGUAACUAUCUGGAAGGAAAAUAGAGCCACGACCUCUGGUCUUAAAUAUAUAGGAAUUGCCUUUCAUUAGUUUUCGGGACUAUUGUGUGAAAACAAGGAGUCUAAUCUCCUAGAAGGUAGGGGCUUUUAUCCUUGAAGAGAAUAUGUCCCCAGAUCAUUAGCACUUUUAGAGGAGAAGCCAAGGUAUGUAGGGUGUAUGGCCGGCCCAUCAGUGGAGCAUGAGAGAAUGGGAUACCAUUGUGGGAAGAGAAGAAAAGUUCCUCAGGGGCCUCCCACUGCUAAAGCUUUUUGUGAAAUGUUGAUCUGUGCUCCCUGAGUUUGACUUUUAAAGGAAUUAUUCCGGCAGCACAUGUAGUAUUCUUGGAUGAUCUUGCUGCUCUUAUUUCUUCUUUUUUGUGUGUGUGUUUGUGUUUAUUUGUAACUCCAUCUGCUUAGGAGAGUGGGCUCUCUACAAGGGAACCUGCUGUGAACUUCAUUGCAGCAAGGGUGUAGAGAGAAAUAGGACUUAGUCCACUAGGGGCUCUCAUCUCACACCUUAAGGAGAGGAAGGAGAUUUCUUUAAAAAUUGGGCCAGAUUUUCUUUUCUUUGUUCUCCAUCAUUUUAAUAUGGCAAGCUAUUUUUUUCCCUGCUCUGAUUUAUGCUAUAUUCCUUCAUAGUGUACCCAAAAAGAAAAGAUAAAUGAGUGUCUUUAAACUUGAAUUUCUCAAUUUUUUUCAUUUUUAGCAUUUGUUGGCAAAGUUUGGAUAUGGGUUAGCAAAUGUAUGUAAUCUUUAUGUUUAUACCCUACCCAAAGGGGACUCCCCACUUUAUUUUUGAACUUGAGUUAGACUGAGAGGAAUCCAUGAGGUGCUAUCUGGCCAGACUUAAGUGGAUUCCAUUUCCUUGGUUCUCCUUCUCCCUGAGGACUUUUCAUUUUAUUGGCCUCUCUUUUAGAUCAGUUCUCCUUCAGUUUCGGUAUGUUGAGGUUUAUUGUAAAGUUGGAGAGUAGAUUAGCAAAGUUCCAAAAGCAAAAUAACAGUGUGUUAGAGUGUGAGGGGAAAAGUAGUCUUAUUUUUCCUUACAUGGUAUACAACACUGUGAAAUUCAAUCUUAAACAGAAAGCCCUGCAGUUCUCCUAAAACAUAGUUCUUUGUUUAACUUUCUUUAACUAAGUUUAAGCUAGUGUUAAUAAAUUAAAAGGAAAAAAAUGCUUGUUUGUCCACUUUGCCUUUGUUUUUAUGCCCAUUUCAUAUUGUUGUCUGUGUUGUAAUUCAUACUUUUGAUACCAUUUCUGAUGUGUAAAAUUGGUUGUCUUGUAAAUAUCUUAUAAAGAGUUCAAUUGUAAAUAAACUAUUGUGGCUGUUAA